UAUGACGCCGUCCCCAUCCAGCCCAGCGUGGUGUUAUGUUCCUGCUCGUCCCCCUCCAUGGUGAGGAGCCAGACCGACGCCGGCGGCGCCCCUGCCGUUCCCAGCGGCAGCAGCAGGCAGGGGCCCAGCAUGGACGGCACCACCACUGAGCCCAGGCCCGACGCCAGCGCCCUCCAGCACGCCGGCCAGCCGCUGCCCCAGCCCCGCAAGAAGCGGCCUGAAGACUUCAAGUUUGGAAAGAUUCUUGGCGAAGGCUCUUUUUCCACAGUCGUCUUGGCCCGAGAACUGGCAACCUCAAGAGAAUAUGCGAUUAAAAUUCUUGAGAAACGUCACAUCAUCAAGGAGAACAAGGUCCCGUAUGUGACCAGAGAGCGGGACGUGAUGUCGCGCCUGGACCACCCCUUCUUCGUGAAGCUUUACUUCACGUUCCAGGACGACGAGAAGCUGUAUUUUGGCCUUAGCUAUGCCAAAAAUGGAGAACUACUUAAGUACAUUCGCAAAAUCGGCUCGUUCGACGAGACCUGUACCCGAUUCUAUACCGCCGAGAUCGUGUCUGCUUUAGAGUACCUGCACGGCAAAGGCAUCAUCCACAGGGACCUGAAACCAGAGAACAUUCUGUUGAACGAAGACAUGCACAUCCAAAUCACAGACUUCGGAACCGCCAAAGUGCUCUCCCCCGAGAGCAAGCAAGCCAGGGCCAACUCGUUCGUGGGAACAGCCCAGUACGUCUCUCCAGAGCUGCUCACGGAGAAGGCGGCCUGUAAAAGUUCAGACCUUUGGGCUCUUGGCUGUAUAAUCUACCAGCUUGUGGCAGGACUCCCACCGUUCAGAGCGGGAAAUGAGUAUCUUAUCUUCCAGAAGAUCAUUAAGUUGGAAUAUGACUUUCCAGAAAAAUUCUUCCCCAAGGCCAGAGACCUUGUGGAAAAGCUUUUGGUCUUAGACGCCACGAAGCGGUUAGGCUGUGAGGAGAUGGACGGCUACGCACCCCUGAAGGCCCACCCGUUCUUUGAGUCCACCACCUGGGAGAACCUGCACCACCAGACGCCCCCGAAGCUCACGGCCUACCUGCCGGCCAUGUCCGAGGAUGACGAGGACUGCUACGGGAAUUACGACAACCUCCUGAGCCAGUUCGGCUGCAUGCAGGUGUCCUCGUCAUGCUCGUCUCACUCGCUGUCGGCCCCGGAGCCGGGCCUGCCGCAGCGCUCGGGCAGCAACAUCGAGCAGUACAUCCAUGACCUGGACUCCAACUCUUUUGAACUGGACUUGCAGUUUUCCGAGGACGAGAAGAGGUUACUGUUGGAGAAGCAGGCCGGCGGGAACCCUUGGCACCAGUUUGUAGAAAAUAACUUAAUACUAAAAAUGGGUCCAGUAGAUAAGCGGAAGGGUUUGUUUGCACGCCGACGACAGUUACUGCUCACGGAAGGGCCCCAUUUGUACUACGUGGAUCCCGUCAACAAAGUCCUGAAAGGGGAGAUCCCGUGGUCACAGGAGCUCCGGCCGGAGGCCAAGAACUUUAAAACCUUCUUCGUUCACACGCCUGACCCCGCGCGGCCCGGGCUGCAGGCUCCCCGCGGUCCUGGUCCUCAUCGUGUGGGCUCAGGCGCCGUGUGCCGAGGUGGGGACGCGGGUUGUCAGGGAAGCGGUCAGAUCUCAGCCCAGGGGACGGCACACCUGGAAGGGAGUGAGCCUGACUGGCACGACCCUGGUCACGUCACAGGUGGUCCCUGUGAGACGCAGGCAGAGCAGGCCCCCUUGGGGCCUCCCUGUGGGGCACCCCACUACCUCCUGGGCGUCAGCCUGAGGCUCAGAAACGGUCAGGGUGGAGCUGGUGGCGCGCUGAGCUGCGUGGACUGCCCUUUGCCUGAGCUGACGAAUGCUAGCCUGUCUCUGGGUCCUCCCACCCCCCACGUUGGUGUUCUGAAGUCAGCUGGAGGCUCGCCGCCAGAGGGGACCGCUGUGGACUUGUAG